CCAAGUCAAGCGUACACCCGACAAGAGGACCGAGUAGCAUGGCAGCCCGCACGCAGCAGCUGCGCCAGCACAUUGAGGCGCUGAUCCGCCGAGACGCCGUCAAGCGUUCGCUGGCCGUGGACGAACGCGCGCUGCGCCGCCGCGUGGACGACUACUAUCUGCCCAUGUUCCGCUGGACGACCGAGGUCGUGGAGGCUGCGCAGAAGAAGCAGGGCGACGCCAAACGCUGCGUUUGCAUCGGCUUGAGCUGCCCUCAAGGCGGCGGCAAGACCACGGCCUCCAUGUACAUGCAGGAGGCGCUCGCGCUCAUGGGCAAGAAGUGCGCCGUCAUGUCGCUGGACGACGUCUACUGGAAGUACGAGCAGCAAGUGGCACUUGCCAAGGCCAACCCCGGCAACCCGCUUCUUCAGUACCGAGGAAACCCGGGUACGAUGGACGUGCCGUUCCUGAUGGACUUGGUUCACGAGUGCAAGACUUCAACUGAGGAGAUCGCCCUGCCACGCUACGACAAGUCGCAGCACAAUGGCCGUGGCGAUCGAGCGCCGCUGUCUGAGUGGGAUCGCCAGGAAGGCCCGCUGGACGUGCUGCUGAUCGAAGGUUGGUGCAUGGGUUUCCAAGCAAUCGACGAUUCCAGUUCUGAGCUGAGUGAACACAUGAAGGCUGUCAACAAGGAACUGCUAAAGUUUGACAAGUUCUACGAGGAACUGGACGGCCUGGUUGUGAUUAAGAUCGACAACCUGGACUGGGUCUACCAGUGGCGCGAGCAGCCAGAGCAGCUCCUGCGGGAAGCCAAGAAGCCAGCCAUGACUCCCUACGAGGUGCGCGACUUCGUGGACCGCUUCAUGCCGGCGUACAAGACGUACCUCAAGGGCCUCUACGCCGACCCGAAGGACUCGACGUCUCCUCUGGGCACGAUCCCGCGCCUCAUCUUCUCCAUCACUUCGGCGCGCGAGCCAUUGGCCAAACCGGUGGAGUUCAACUUCACGUCUGAAGCUCUUCAGGAUUAG